AUGCAAGCAGCUAUCGAAGAUAUGCAAUAUCUGCAGUUUCCAUUACCGCCUGUGCCGUUCAUGAAUCCUUAUUUGGGUACAAUGCAGUACUGCUACUACCCAGUUAUUCCCUUCCCCAUGCAUGAUCCUGACCCUGUUCCUGCACCUGAUGUUAUUUAUCAGGUUUGGAAGAGCAAUUUAACGCACGAGUUCAAACGAAUUUGGAAUCUAAUUAGCCAAGGUGGCCGCUUGUUCGCUUCUAUAGACACAGAAUACCCUGGCACACUUUAUAAAUCCGACAAAGGUCGUCUCGAUGACCCUGAUUACAUGUAUGACAUGAUGAGGAAGAAUGUGAAUGAGACCAACAUAAUCCAGUUAGGUCUCACACUCGCAGACCUUCACGGAAACAGAUACACCUGGGAGUUCAAUUUCAGCGACUUUGAUAUUGUCCGUGAUCGUCAAGACAAGGACUCAGUCGACUUUCUUAUGCGUCAAGGAAUCGAUUUCCGCAAACACAAGAAGGAUGGCAUUCCUUCGCAUAAAUUUGCAAGAAAGUGUUUGGAAGCUGGGCUGUUGGGAAACAAAUUAGUAGUAUGGGUGGGUUUCCAGAUCUUAUAUGAUUUGGGAUACUUCACCAAGAUCCUCACAGGGCAAAACUUGCCAGACAAGUUUGAUACGUACAUGGAGUUUGAAAGGGACUACUUUGGGGAUAGGGUGUAUGAUGUCAAGGACAUGAUCAGGGAGUACAACAAGAGUGACAGCAGCAGGGACUCAAAUCCGAAAUUACAUGGAGGUUUGGACAAAGUGGCGGAGACGCUGGGGAUUCCUCGUGUGGCUGGGAAGAGUCACCAGGCCGGCUCUGAUAGUCUCUUGACAUAUCUAACCUUUCUCAAGCUCAACCACAUAUGUAUGUAUAACAGUAUAACAAGUUAG